AGUGAUUUUCGGAGUCAGCCGACGCUUAGGCGGGAGGAGGGCCUUAAUUGCGGGCCUUAAUGCUCGGCGAGGCACGCGAGGUGCACUCGAUGCACUCGUGACACGAUUGUCCAUGGGAGCGCAGCCGAUAAAUAGGCGGACGCGGACCCGCACCAGGCGCAUAACCUCGCCGAAGUCAUGUUCGCGCGGGUACUACUCCUCGCCUGGAUGAUGGGAGGACUGAGGGCCGCGAGCCCGCCAACUUGGUUCGAAGCACUUCGGAGCUUUGUCGAGGACUGUCGGGGCACGCGACUGGAUCUGUGCGCGCGUCGGAGGGCCCUCGGGGCCGUCGACCAGUUCCUCGGCCGAGAUGUGAUCGGCCUCGUCGAAGGGAUCGAGCUCGUAAGAUUCGGCAAGCUCGGUACGAACAACACCGUGGACCUGGACAUUAGAAGACUACUAGGAAGAAUGCAGAGGAAAGAUCGAAUGGAUGAGAAGAACGGGACUUGGGGACAGAUACUGACGAGUCGCAUGGUACGUUUACUGAAAACGCACGUUAUUAAGGUCGACCUCGAUCGACUCGGUCCCACCAUCCUGGAUAUUACUACUGGUGCAAGCGGCAAUUCGACUGAUUUACAAAUUGAAGCGAGAGGUCGUAGGCGACGUCGCCGCCAGAUGCACCUGAUGCCCAUAAUGAUGAUGGGUCUGCUGCUAAUGGGCACAGUCCUCAUACCGAUGAGCUUCCAAUUCCUCGCCGUCCUGGGUGGUAAAGCCCUAAUUCUCGCGAAAAUGGCCCUGAUGCUGUCGAGCAUCCAGGGCCUCAAGAAGAUCGCGACCAACGGCGUUAAUUAUGGGCUCUACCAUAACCCGGUGCCCGAAGCUUGGCACGAGCGCAGCACCAGCAUCUACGAGAUACCGUACGCCGGCGGCUACCUGGGUCAAGUCGCCGCUAGUCGCUCGGCCGUGAAGUCCGCUUGAUGAGAGGCCAUCCGGACGUAACUGUACAGGGGCGAUCGAGCUGGACAUCCCGAGGCGAGUCUGUAAAGCCGGAUGGGGGAGUGUCGAGUGCCACCGACAAACGGCCGGAGGGUUGUAGGAGUAUAGGAGCUUAAAGAGUCUUUCAAAUUGUUUCCUCAUGUCUGUCGCUUCACUUUUAAUAAUAAAUCCUUAAUCUAUACAUUACAUGUCAUUUCAUCUACAAUUUCCAAUGUUUACGUUAUAAUUGUCCUCAUCUGUUCUCCCAGUAUGCUUCGUUAAUUCAUCGCUAAAGCGCGCAAAUUUACAAAAAAAUCUCACUGCACGUGCGCAAUCGUUCACAUCACACUAACGCACGCCAGGCAGUCAUUACAUUGUAGUUGUUGCGUAAUCGUCCCUUCUUCGCAGCUUUCUUAAAGCUCCGUUUGCUUCGCUCGGCAACGGUUUUGAG